AUGCAAUCCGAUCUGGUCUCAUCAAGAACUGUCCUAUCACUGAAGAAGCAAUCAAUCAUGCCAAAGCAAUCUUUGGACCUGACGCCUCUACAUUGCUACAACUUCUUCAGUCCACCAGAGGAAUUGUAUCAACAUAAUCGAUCUAUUACCGUCUGUAUUGAUUACAUGGAGAUCGAGAAUGCCAAGUUUCUCACCUGCAUUGAUACCACUGUACGUUAUCGCUCAUGUAUUCCCGUGCAGAACCUGAAGACUGACCCUGUAUUUGAAGCAUUGGAUAAGAUAUUCCGCCGCUAUAACAAGGCAGGCUUUCAAGUCAAGACAAUCAAGUGUGAAUGGGCUUUCAUUCCUCUCACUGAUGAUAUGCUAGACAAUAUGGGUGCUACUAUUGACCCGACUGCAGCUGGAGACCACAAGCCUACCGCUGAGCAAAACAAUAGGACGCUGAAAGAAAGAGUCAGAGUAUUGCUUGCACAAUUACCCUACAAAGUGGUCCCAAAGGUGAUCACUGAAUGUCUUGGACGUUGA